CCGCGGCUAGCCUUCUGUCGUGGGGAAUGUGUCCCGGGAAUCCUGGCACAGGUCAUGGUUGAACGUGGGGUUCUCAGUACCAGGGUGGCGGCGAGAGAACUGCAUCUCCCAAAACAGAAGCUCAUAGGCAGUAGCUGCGACUACGGAUCCAGAUGUACACAGCAGAUGUGACAGCCAGGCUGGCAUCCUUGGAGAUGAAGGUCUGGAGCUGGGACCUCCGGUCACAGGCGUGAAUGGGGGUCUGAACCAGGCUGCCCACCCCAAGAACAUGACAACAGCUCAGAAUGGCCAUGGGCAGGGUGCCACGGCCACUUGUUCAGCCUCCAACCUAAAGGCCCCCAAAAUGGUGACAUCCUCAGCAUGUCAGAAUGGAAGCUGCAAAAGCAGCCCAAGCAGCGACCCGGAAGCCGCGGAAACCAGGCUCAGCCCUUCCAAGCUGGUGCGUCUUUUCUCUGGGAAUCGGAAGAGGAUGAACGCCAACCCUGAGAGGCCCCGCUCGGUGGUCCUCGUGGGGAAUUCUUCCACGUGGAAUGCCCUGGCCUCCUUUCGUAAAAUGGGAUCUUUUAAAAGACUGAAAUCCUCUGUCCUACAAGGAAUUCAGAACCGGGAGGGGGCAGAUGUUUCCAAGGAAGGGCCAGCAGGAGACCCGGGAAGGGCUGCUCCCAAUGGCACCAUAGGCAUCCUGGGAAAGGGCCUGGGCAGGUGUCCAUCCUUGGGGCCUGCAGGGGAUGGGACCGGGUCCGACUGCUCGGACCCUGAGGACACAGAGGAUGCCUUCCAGAGGAGCACGCACCGCUCACGCAGCAUUCGCAGAGCCUAUGGUCUGGGCCGCAUCAGCCUGCUGGACCUGGGGCGGCAGGCAGCACCGGAGCCCACCCUGUGCGAGAUCCAUGUGAGCGACCCUGAGCCCAUCCCUCUGCCGCGCAGAAGCAAGAGCAUCGACAGCUUGAGCAUCCUGAAGAGCUCCUUCAAGCGCAAGUCUGCGUCCAACCUCACGGAACUGACAGGCGACAGGCAGGUUCCCCCCAGGACCCUGAGCAGCUCAUCCACUGACUCCGAGAAGCCAGGUGGCUCCCAGAGAAGGACCAGACGCUGGAGGAGCCCCAUCAGGGCCAAGGACUUCGACAGGGUUUUAAGACUGGUGAGCACCGUCAAGGAUGCAGCCUGGAAGAGGGAGGCCUCUAGGAGUAUGGCUCCUAGCCCAGGCCCUGGCCCAGGGGAUGUGAACCCGCCACUGGAGUCACGCAGCAGGCUCCAUGAUGACUACUCGCGCCGCACCAGCAGCAGCGCGGAGCCAGAUGCCAGGCGUGGUGGCCCUUUAUCCACACCCUGUAUCCCUGCACCAUGCGCGGCCACGCCCAUCGUAGCUCAAGGACCCCACCUGGAUGUAGACACGGCAGUCUUUCCCCUGGAAGCCAAAAGCGUGCAGGCCCUGGGGGAUGAUGAGCCUAGUGCCAGUAGCCCAUCACCAAGUCUCACAGACCCAGAGGGGUCAAGCCAAGCCUCCAGUGAGGCAACUGCUGGCAGCCAGCUUCCCUUGGACCCUGUACAACUUCCCACCCCUCUGAGGCCCACCACGCCCAAGCCCCAAAGCCCUCAGAGCCCAGGGAGUACUAAAUACCCCAGCCUAAGUGUGCUGUCCCUCAGCUCAGCAGACAGUGAAGAAAGGACUGAGGAUGCUGCCCACAGGCAGCCAGAACCCGUGUCCCUCCAGGAUGCCGGACGCACCGCGGCUGGUGGUGAGGGAGGAGAAAGUAGUGACAGCUGUUUGCCCGCGACUCUCGAUGGGGCUGCCAAUUCGGAAGAGAGGAAGGAGGAGGUGGUGAAUGAGGAUGACUGGCAGCAGGGCUCAGCCCAGGAGGAGGAGCAGACCGAGGCGGCCCGCGUCUCCCGGAGGAGAUGGGGCUCAGGAAGGCGCACCCGGCCACGGCCGCUGUCUGACUACGGCCAGCUGGCUAGCCGAAGCUUGUCCAUCCCUGAAGAUGCCAUUGCUGCAGACCCCCCAGGUGACGACCAUGUGGACAGGACGCAGCCGUCAAGAGUGACCGCCACCGGCCAGGACCCAUGCGCCCCCUCAGGCUGUUCCAGGGCGGGCUGGAGGAGGCGACCUAUAUCAGUGAUUGGAGGGGUCAGCUGCUAUGGCAACACCCAGGCAGAAGAUGUGGAGAACCUCUUGGUCCAACCAGCAGCCAGGCCUCCCGUGCCUGCACACCAGGUCCCACCCUACAAGGCUGUCUCUGCCCGCCUCCGGCCCUUCACCUUCUCCCAGAGCACUCCCAUCGGGCUGGACCGCGUGGGGCGCCGACGGCAGAUGAAAGCAUCCACCGUCUCUUCAGAUGGAGGUGCAGAGUCUUCGGCCUUAGUGGAUGACAAUGGCAGCGAGGAGGACUUCAGCUAUGAAGAGCUCUGCCAGGCCAACCCUCGGUACCUGCAGCCAGGCGGGGAGCAGCUGGCCAUCAAUGAGCUCAUCAGCGAUGGCAGCGUGGUCUGUGCAGAAGCACUGUGGGACCAUGUGACCAUGGAUGAUCAGGAACUGGGCUUCAAGGCUGGGGAUGUCAUCCAGGUCCUGGAAGCCUCUAACAAGGACUGGUGGUGGGGCCGGAAUGAAGAUAAAGAGGCCUGGUUCCCUGCGAGCUUUGUGAGGCUUCGAGUCAACCAGGAGGAGCUGCCCGAGAGCUGCAGCAGCUCCCAUGGGGAAGAGCAGGAUGAGGAGAGCAGCAAGGCCCGCCACAAGCACCCUGAGAGCCAGCAGCAGAUGCGCACCAACGUCAUCCAGGAGAUCAUGAACACCGAGCGCGUGUACAUCAAGCACCUCAAGGACAUCUGCGAGGGCUAUAUCCGACAGUGUCGUAAGCACACGGGGAUGUUCACGGUUGCGCAGCUAGCCACUAUUUUUGGAAACAUCGAAGACAUUUACAAAUUCCAAAGAAAGUUUCUGAAAGACCUUGAGAAACAGUACAACAAAGAGGAACCUCACUUAAGCGAGAUAGGAUCCUGCUUUCUUCAGCACCAAGAGGGCUUUGCCAUCUACUCCGAGUACUGCAACAACCACCCGGGUGCCUGCGUGGAGCUGUCCAACCUCAUGAAGCAGAGCAAGUACCGGCACUUCUUCGAGGCCUGCCGCCUGCUUCAGCAGAUGAUCGACAUCGCCUUGGAUGGCUUCCUCCUCACGCCCGUGCAGAAGAUCUGCAAAUACCCGCUGCAGCUGGCCGAGCUGCUCAAGUACACCACACAGGAGCACAGCGAUUACAACAAUAUCAAGGCAGCCUACGAGGCCAUGAAGAACGUGGCCUGCUUGAUCAACGAACGCAAGCGCAAGCUGGAGAGCAUUGACAAGAUUGCCCGCUGGCAGGUGUCCAUCGUAGGCUGGGAGGGCCUGGACAUCCUAGACCGAAGCUCCGAGUUGAUUCAUUCGGGGGAACUGACCAAAAUCACCAGGCAGGGCAAGACCCAGCAGCGGAUCUUCUUCCUCUUCGACCACCAGCUGGUGUCCUGCAAGAAGGACCUGCUGCGCAGGGACAUGCUGUACUACAAGGGCCGCAUGAACAUGGACGAGGUGGAGCUUGUGGACGUGGAGGACGGGCGGGACAAGGACUGGAACCUCAGCAUGCGGAAUGCCUUCAAGUUGGUCAGCAGAACCACAGAUGAGGUGCACCUGUUUUGCGCCAGAAAGCAGGAAGACAAGGCCAGGUGGCUGCAGGCCUAUGCAGACGAGAGGCAGAGGGUACAGGAAGACCAGCAAAUGGGAAUGGAAAUCCCAGAAAAUCAAAAGAAACUCGCUAUGUUGAAUGCCCAGAAAGCCGGACAUGGGAAAUCUAAAGGCUACAGCAGCUGCCCCGUGGCCCCGCCCCACCAGAGCCUGCCGCCCGUUCACCAGCGCCACAUCACCGUGCCUACCAGCAUCCCGCAGCAGCAAGUCUUCGCCUUGGCCGAGCCCAAGAGGAAGCCGUCACUCUUCUGGCACACUUUCCACAAACUAACCCCCUUCAGAAAAUGAGCCUCACUCAGGAUGUGCCUCUGAGGUACUGUGGGGAGGAAGGCCAGGUUCGUCUCUUCGGUGUGGUGUCCGGUGUGGUGCUGCAUGCUUCUUUUAGGAAUCUGUGACGAGGAGAAGGAGUUGAACUCAUCUUUGAUCUUGAGAGGCCCUGCUGCCCUCAUGGAAAGAAGGGCACCGUGAAGCACUGCUCUGUCCUACACUGGAAGCCGAGCUGCGCUCUCAGGUGGCCGGGAUGUGGAGACCAGGCCUCUCUCAGCAUGGGAACAGCUGACCCAGUGGUCCUGUGAGUUUACCACUGAUGGUCACACCCCUGCUGCAGUUCCAGACAGUUCCAAGAGCCUUUCAGUCCCUUGGGGGCCACUAUAUUAAGGAUGCCUUCUGUGUUUGUUUUUAAGCAUUGAUGGAGAUUGGUAGGAUGUUGGCAGCCAUAGGAUGGCCUGGGUCAGGUCAGGCCUGGCAGAGACAGUGAAGGGGUUAGAAGUGCUGGGCAGGUGCCCACUGUUUUCCAAGGUGUACCUAGUGCCAAGCAAGAGUGUAGGCUUCAUCUUACAAGGUUCCCUGUUCACAAGCUAGGGAGAGACAGGAGGCGCCUGUCGCCCCGGCAAUGUGGGUCAUGAUAGCAUCCUCAAAGCCGCGUGCUACUUCCCUGACCAGAGGGAAGGGCACUGCCAGCUCGUUUGUCCUGCUCACAGCACAACUGAAGAAGCUGCCGUUCACAGAAAUAGUGGCGAGGUGAAAAUUGUUUCAAGUUUGAUAACAUGAGAAUGGGCACCCGCGCAUCUUCAGCAGCCAUUUGCAGUUUCUUCAUCAGUGAGGUGAUGAAGACACAGAGGUUCCACAGAGAAAGCGAGAGACAAAGCGUCCUGCUUCCUGGGAUGUGGAGAUACCUGUCACAUGACCUUGAAACGGUAGUUCACGGGCUGUGUCAUCUGGAGGUUGACUCCUUCGCUCUGAGAGACAGUUUAAUGAGUUUAACGCCCACAGAGAGUAACCUCCCUUUGUUGACAUUGUGGAAUUUGAUAAAAAUGCUUUUUAACCAGAUAUAAGGAAGACUGGUCCUACAUUUUAAUCGACACAGUGAGCUGGCAGGGAGGGAUCCCACCAUGCAGCUGUGCCUUUUGGACAAGCUUGUUCUUGAGAGCAGUUCCUGCAAGGUUCUCCUUGCUCCUCAGCUCUUGCUUGAGAACAAACAAGUCUGCAGUGUUAGAGAUGAAGAUAUUGGUCCAUCAGCACGGUUCCUCUACCCAGUUCGCCCCAGCUAGAGCUAGGCCUAAAGCUACUGACCUCACAGCAAAUCACCUUGACCCUGGACCUGGGGUUAGCCUCGGCCUUGCUGUGCACCCUGGGCGUGUUCACUCAGAGGCAACACUGCUGGGGAUUGUGGUCAGAAGCCCCAGGGCUGGGCUGUUUCUGUGUGUCAUGAAGUGGUUCAAUGCACAGAACGUGUGUGUGUGUGUGUGUGUGUGUGUGUGUGUUAGAGAGACAGAGAGCGAGUGAGAGAAUCCUUAAAUAGAUGCCUCAGCUUAGCUGCAUUUCUAUAACUGACAGGUUGUUUUUGUAUUUUACUAACUGAAUGCAAUGAUAUAUUUUGGAAAUUAUACUUAGUGUACUUUCUCUGCUACACUGUGUCUGUCCGGCAGUUUCAACAGUUGUGCUCUUAAUACGUGAACUGAUUUGAGGAAGUGAAGAGAGUCUUUUGGUCCUGUUUAUAGUCACUGAUUCAACCUGAGGCUCACUGCAGACUUCAUUUGCUGUUACAGUGAAUGACAGUGAAGAAGUAAUACAUUAAGUUUGUGACUGGUCCUGAUAGAUUUCCCAGCUGCCCUAACUUCCGGUUCCCACCUACCUCCACAGACCUCCUAACAAUCCCGAGUCACGGUCAAGACCUGGGCCGGCCCCAGGCAAUUUUAUACAGUGUGAGAAGUGUUUGAUCAAAUGUCUGACCCGGAUGAAUCUUACUUGGGAUUUCUGGGUGAGUUUGAAAACUAAUGUGUUUUUAAAAGCUAUAAUAGCCUUUUGACUUUGUAAAAAAUCUGUAUGUCUAUAUAAAUUUUAUUACCAAAUACCUGAGUUCUACAAAAAGUGGAAGACCUUAAGUAUUAUUUUUAGUUCUCCAAACUUCCUUCUUGAUUUGAGGCUUGUGCUCUACUUUGAAAGGAAGAAAAGAGAAACAGCACGGAGCCUCUUGCCGGAAUGGUGUCUGAGGCUCGUGAACGUUCCCUCCCUUUCCCUGAACGGCCAAAACAACUUGUGAUUUGAUUUCCAUUUUAAUGAUUUCAUUUGUUCUGUCGUUAGCAUUUCAGAAUUUGCCAGCUCUGUUGAUACAGUUGAGAGGGCCUCCCUGGUUUAGAUUAUAUAUGACCACCAUGUGGUAGGUGAAAGGUGAUCAUAAAUAAUACUUGAAAGUGUAUAAAAAGAAGGAACAUUCCAGGCUUUGUCUCAAGAGUAAAAGGGAGUGGUAGACAGCUAGUCGGGCUCUCAAGAGACAUAUGGUAGACCUGCUUCUGCAGGCGGGAACCAUCACCACUAUGGAACGCCAUUUCUAAAUACUGUGCCUUUUACUAUCCAAGCCAUUCAAGACUGAUUCCACAUCCUACGUUGCUGUUUUUACAUACAAAGCAAAAAUGUAUUUAAUUUGAAAUCCAGUUCCCAGUGGAAGUCUUUUGUAAGCGCCUGCGAUCCAGCAUCAUGCGUGUGUGGAGAAUUAGACCUGGAUAUUUCUCAGGACAGGUCAGUUCUGUUUCCAGUUGGAGUUUCCUGGAGCCAGGGCAUGGCUUCUGCAUUUUGUCUUCAUUCCAGAUAGGAAAAGCAGAAGUGUCCCUCAGGCCAGUGCCAAGAAGUGUGAGUCAGUGUCUUUCAGCAGCGUAAAGCUAGGAUAUUGGGUGCAGUGUGCCCACAAAUGGUUUCUUCUCAGGAUCCAGGGAAGGGGAGUUUGAAGGACUUGGGACAAAGUAAGUAGCUAGUCUGGGGGGGUGAGGGAGUCAGCUUAUAUAAUGUAUGAAAAUUUGCUUAGCCAUCCCACGUACUUCAUUAUUACCUUCAUGGUCUCUUAGGCAUGACCGUUUAUAUUUAGAAAGUAUUUUGAGCCACUUCUGUAAUUUAAUAAUUGGUCCCUUUUGGGGGGUACACGUUGGUGCCCAGUGUGCAUGACUUGCUGACUUCUUGGCUAUGCUUUUGGUGAAAACUAAUCCAUAUUGGGGUGCUGUGGUCUGUGUAAGUCAAGUGCUACUCUUGAGAUGGCGAGUUGACCUUGACACUGAAAUAGGAUCUGUGUGCAAGAUGUGCAUUUUUUUGCUAAAUGAAGGGUUUUUUGUUGUUGUUGUUUUUUAAAAAAUAGGUAUUUGAUUUCUUGUAAAUGCUGUGAAUCUCUAUUUGUCAUUUUGUAUCUGUAUAUUAAAAUACUUCGUCA